CAGGACCGGGUAUCAAAUCCCAUCCGGACCGUGUCUCCCCGUACCAAGGACUGACUAUCCAGGCACGUGGUAAAAGCAAGUCUAGUUAGCCAGAAAUGACCGGCCUGACCUUAGAGGUCGUUAAGCUAAGAAAGAAGAAGAAUAAUGCUGUACGUUCGUUGAGUUGCUUACGGAUGCAUACAUUUUGAUGUCGUCGGCAUACAUAAAAAAUUUACGUCACGUAACACAUAAGACACAUCGUUGAUAAAUAACACGAGAAGUACUGGUACGAGAUUACUACCAAUGGGGGACGCCUGAUGUGCAAUUAAUUGGUUUCGAAACCACUUGUCCAAAUUUUACUGCAUAUAUUGGGUCUAAUAAAUAUGAUUAGUAUUGGAUCGUGUAACAUUAUUUCCAAUACUUUGGCGCUGGAACACAUUGAAGUUAUUCCACGAUAGCUUAUUCCUAGCUUUGGGUCGCUUUUCUUUAAUAACGGUGUCAUCCACGUCGUCCAGAUCAUGGGAUUUUUUCAGAAGUGUCCAAAAUCAGGAAGAGCCUGAUCAGAUAGGUUGCAAGCGAUUUAUCGUACUUCUUUAAAACUGCUGAUGCGGUCCCGGAAUGUAGUUCAGUUUUAGGUUUAAUAGUGCAGCUUCCAUAAUGCAGUAUAAUCCAUAGUUCAGUUUGUAUAAUGAAUAUCCAUCAUCCAUUACAUGUGGUCUGUUACAUGCGAAUUGAAAUAGUUUUGGAAUAUCGGAAUAUCGUGUGAGUUGAUGUGGGUGCAUGUGGUGUGCAGAUACUGGAAGUGUAUCUGUCAUAUAAAAUUAGCAUCAAAAGUUGAACAUUUAAAGAAAUUCAAGUUUUUAUUGCUUUAGUUGUUGUGAAAUCAGCGAUUAGGUGCAAAAUCAGCAAAAUAAAGGAUAUUUUUUAUGCUCUAGAAUAGCGUUAUUGCAAAUGUGCGUAUGUGUGUUACUGUAUCCAAAUGUUUAAUGUUCUUUUUGUUAAAUCUAGUAUAUGGUCGUCCGAUUGCGGAACAGAGGAAAAUGAUCGAUAGUUAAACAAACUAAGCAGAGUGAUCCGGAAACUGCUUACCUAACGAUGAAUCGUACCGUGUAACUGUUAGUUUAAUGACUGUGAUAAGUAAAGCGUUUGAGAUUUCAGCUGUACAAAUAGAAAUUUCUGCUUCUGUGAUAGUUUUAUAGUGAUAUAUCAGUGCUCUUAUGUUUGAUACGGAUAACAGAAGAGAUUCCUCAACGUUCUUAGCGUGUACGCAUAAUAGAUUCAGUAAAGCUUUCGUGCAUGUUAGCAGGAGCAGAUUAGCCAGCGUGAAGGCGUAUUGGGUGCGUUAGUGUGACGUGUUUGGUUGGUCGUCGAUAAGAUAAAACGAACGUGACACCGCCUCCUGGACUGCCAGAGCUAUGAUAUCAGUGAAACGUCCGUGUGCUUCAGGCCACCCUAGUACUCAUCAUCAUCAUCAACAUCAUCAAACGCUUCACCAUCAUCACCACAAACAGCACCAUCAACUGCACAGUCUCCAGAACGGAGCAUCCAGUGCCAGUUCGGUUGCCUCGGCUCCCAUAGUAACCACGACUUCGGCCAAUAACAAUCGCAUUAUUCGAAGUCGAAAUCAAACAUCCACUGCUAGCGAGCAGCAACCGAACCACUGGAAUCUUCAUAACGGAAGCUUUGUGUCCAAUGGGGGUACCGAAGCAGGAACCUUUGGCGGCGUUAGUGGUGGUCAGAUAAAUCGUCCUACAGGAUCAGCCUCGUGGACAGGAACGGGAAGUGGGUGUUCAAUCAUAACGAACGGUGGCAGUCUCUACUAUAGUAAUAGCAACGGUGGUUACGGUGUAAGCACUGCUGGUGUAAAUCCCAAGAUACGAGAUAUUUACGAGUUCGACAGUUUGUUCUUGCUCCCUGCUUGCGCCUUAACGUCGGACAAGGCGCUGAACCUUCGCAAAGAUCUUGCCGCGUAUGAUUUCGACAUUAAAAUCCUGGAGGACAGUCCGCGAGGAUCUCAUAACGUUUGGCAACCUGGAAACAGAGAUGCAACCGUACAGAAACAGUCAAGGCCGUCUUCAGCCAAUAGAGAUCGUCUGCAUGAACAAUCUGUUGCGCAUACCCUUCACUGGUUUGCUUGCGUCGGCGAUGAUACUGCCAAUAACGGUAGAAAUUCCGAAGAAUUACAAAAGGAACGUGAGGAACGAAUAAAACAGAUGAAGGAACGACAGAAUGAAGAACGCCAAAAGAAGCUCGAAGAGCUGAAGGCACAAGCAUUAGCGGCACAAAAGUUCCGCGAGCAAAAGGAAGAAGAACGACGUCGCCGGAUGGAUGACUUGCGGAGGAGAGAAAGCGACCGAAGGUCACAGGUCGAAGAGCGUCGUCGCGCCAUAAUCGAGGCCGAUAAUGAACGGCGAGAGUACAUUCUGCGCAAAAAUCAGGAGCGCGAGCAACGCAUGGAGACGAAGCGACGCAGUGAUCGAGGCUCGAUCCAGUUUGCAUUUGGAUCGUCGACGCCACGGAUGAUCGAUACCAGUGACAGUGGCAUGUGCAGCUCAUUCUGGGCUCAUAGGAGAGCCACAUCUAUUACGAACGUAGCAUAUACAGGGGCGGCAUUAACGAGGCGUAGUUCCGAGCGUGAACUUACCGACAGUGCGUCAAAGAAACGAGCUACCUCCGCUAGUGGUCUCGAUCGUUCGACCGAUGACCAACGGCGAAUGUCCAGCUCGAUGUACGAGGUGUUCAACUGGACGAGUACCGGCGAGUGCCCGAGAAAGCUUACGUUCUCUCUGGCUGGUUCUGGCAUCAACAUCGACGAUCCUCCAACGGCUGCCGAAUAUCAACCGGCAGCUGCGCGUAAUUAUGCUAGCGGAAAGGACGAUACAGCAGAAAUGAACUAUCAGCGCACUGUCAAUCGUCGAAAGACUGAUCUAAUGCCUACCAUUCCUAGUCCUCGUGAUAGCUCUAGAUCGUCUCUCGGUACACACACUCCCAGAACACCAGGCAGAGCAUUUUCGAUGACGCGUUUGGAUCAGCUGGCGCAACCAAGACGACGGAACGGUGAGCACAUCAGUGCGAUUCUGGAACGCGAGCGACGUCAAGCUCUAGAGCUGGAGAACCUGACCCGUCUGUCACUUUCCUCGUCCCGGUCAUCUCCAACCGGAAGUGGCGGCAACAGCAAGCGAAUGUCGCGCAGCAUGUCCCAACUAGCCGGCAGUGGUGCUAAAUUUCGAAACCAAUCGCAGGACUCUAAUUCAGGUCGUAGUCCCGGUUUCGGCGGAAGUCGCAAGUUAUCUUUCAAUUCGUCAUCAAUGAACAGUGGCAGCACUUCGCCCAUGCGUCGCAACGAUACUUCCAAGAGUAUGUCCCAGCUGAACACAGUUGGCAGCACAUCCCGUACUACCAAAACCGAACGUCUGCGACAACAGUACCACCAGCAGCAACAGCAGCAGCUUCAGAAUCAGCUUCUGGUGACGAACGGUCUCCGUUCCGGUGAAAUGACUCCUACCAGUCUGAACACUUCGCGGCCCGGCAGUGCAAUGUCCAGCUCGACGACCGCGUCCGGUAUCGUUUAUCGACGAACUCUGCCAGCACAACGCAAACCACGACCGGCUAGUAUCGCCGUUACGGGCGUAACUGCCUCUGGUUUGAAGGAAGAUAAACCUCCUCUCCCAAAGACAGGAUCCGGUGUAUCGACCGGAAGCGGCGUAUCAAGCGCGAGCAGCAAAACUCGAUUGUCGAGUGCUGGGUCUGGUAGCAUUCACACGACUCCUGCAAAAUCAUCUUCUGGCUUGGAAACGCAAAUGAAAAAGCCGAUUACGCUACACUCGGCGGAAAAACGAUCCACAGGUGUCAAAGGCACCACACCGAAAGCUUCUUCUACGCCUUUACAAUCUCCUGGUCCGGAGAAGGCAUCUCGCAGCUUACAAGAUUCGCUAAAGAAAGCGACAGAUGCCAGUAAGAAAGCCCCAGCUACCAACGAAAAAACCAUGACGAAGGGCCCGGUUACAAAGGACGAUGCAAUUGCGGGGGAAGCAAAAGAGAAUACACCAAUUGAUGUCCCUAUGCCGGAAGAACAAAGUGUCGAAUCUGGAAUGGUCGCGUCACAAAAAGAAAAUACAUUGCAAGCUUCACUGAUAGAAGUGGAUCAAUCGUUCGAACAAGAAGAACAGCCGCAUCAACAGCAAGAGGAAAUUGUAGUUCCGGUGCAGCAAGAAGCGCCAGAACCCGUACAGACAGAGGGCGUUGAUAUAAUACAGCAAAAAGAUGUUUUCUCCGUUGAGACAGCACCAACGGCAAUAGUUAAGCAUGUCGAAUUGGAACAACAAGAAAUCAGUGUUGUUAAAACGGAAACCACAGUAAUGCCAGUAGAAGAAACGACCGAAAUUAUCAAUGGUAGUUUAACUAUUGAUGGGUCCGGGUUUUCCGCUGAUGCAAUGACUGCUUCUAUGAUCGCAAAACGUAUCACUACUGAGGAAGAAGCAAAAGCUGCUCUUGCCGAGCGUCGUCGUCUAGCACGCGAAGAAGCCGAACGACAGGCGGAAUUGGAACGCAAACGCAUCGAGGCCGAAGAGCAGGCAGAACGUCAGCGUAUCCUGGAAGAAGAAGAACGUUUGCGGAAGUUGGAGGAGGAAACGAUCCGGUUGGCUGAAGAGCAACGCCGUGUAGAGGAGGAGAGACUUCAGCAGGCUAUCGAGGAAGCACGCCGACGAGAUGAGGAAGAACGUAAACGGCGCGAAGAGGAAGUUCGGCAAAAGGCCGAGCGUGAGGAAGCUGAACGAAAGGCGCGCGAGGAAGCUGAACGACAACGUGUAGAAAUGGCUGAACGGUUGAAAAAGGAGGAAAAGGAACGCGAAGAACGCCGGAAGCGCGUUGAAGCCAUCAUGUCCCGCACCAGAGCCAAGGGAACGGCUAACAAUACACCGACGAAGAAUAACGAAGACGACAAAGAAAACGCCAUGUCCAAAAGUCAGAUUGUGCUUUCGACCACUCCGGCUGCUUUACCUACCGUUACUGCCAUGUCCGCAUCUACCAUAUCGAUGACUGAUUCGUUCAUUGCGUCCGAAAUUCGUCUAGAGCAGCAGGAACAGGCCCAGCAACACCAGUCGCUAGAACAGGCCAUGGAGUCGUUGUCGCUGAGCAAAAACAAUAACAAUAUUGGCAACAACAGUAACAGCAGUAGUAUCAGCGAAGCAUUAGCUCAUACUAGCGCCAUCAACAGCAUCAACAACAAUAAUAUCAAUACCAAUGGCGAUAACGUUCAGUUCGAAAAGUCCGUGACGGAGAAGGAGAACUUGCUGCUCACCAACAGUACUGGUGCUACAUUGGUGGCGAACAAUAAUCUCAACAACGGUGGCACCAGCAAUGGCACCGUGGUCGAAUCAAUCACCAACGCGGAAGGUAUGAAUAAUGGUACGAAGGGUGAAUCGAUCGUACUAACAACGAACGGUAAAACGGAACAACAGUCGUCGGCAACGAUGGCGACUAGCAAUGGCAGUAAUGCCACAGCCAACAGCACCUCGGACCUAAUCAUCGAGGAUGCGCUGAUGGGCCAAACCAACGGACAUAAGAACGGCACCAUGGACAAUGUGUUUGAUGUGAAUGAAUUAAUGAAGACGGAGAAUCUUUCGAUGCAACUAAACGAUUUCAUCGUCCCAAAAAAUGGUGAUCAUCACCGGAACGGCAAUGACAGCUACCCUUCCAUAGUCGAUCGAAACUCUACCGGUGGUGAAAAGCAGUUUUCUUCAUUCGACUCCUCUGGCACUCCCUCGACUGUGACAACAGAAACUACCAUCUUUACAGCGGGCGGUGCAAGCACCAAUGCUGAUCCGUUGAUUGAUUUCGCUAGCUUUUCCAUCAGUGGCGAACCAAGUCAGUCAAUGCUCCGCGAAGGAUGUGUCAGCGAUUCCAACUUCAAUCCUUUUACCUCGUUUGGUAUUAUCGAUGGCGAAAAUACAACUGUAGUGCAACAUACCACCCUUGAUGUGCAUAAUGCGUCCAACAACAAUAGUAUUAAUCCGUUUUUGUCGAGCAAUGAAAACAUCACGUAUCCUAUGCAUGAUGAAAUCGAUCAGGAAUGUAGGGAGAACCAAGCAACGGAAGCUGUCCAAUUUGAUCUAGCCCUUGAUAAUACUACCAGCACUACCACUAGCAGUACUUUGCUUAACAACAAUAACAAUACAUUAUCAAACAGCACUUCGUGGCUAGUUUCAGCGACAUUCGACGGUCAAGACAAUCGAGACUUGUCGCUCUUGUGAACGAGUAAGGUAAAGAAGCAAAACGGCGCACUGGUGUGGGACAGCUAAUCAAUUUCGAUGGGCUUUAAAUGACUCUAAGGUGAGCAGUAAAAUGUGACAUUUCCAAACGAUCAGUGCAGUACGAGAGCCAGCCAGCAGCAGCAACAACAGCUAUGCGGGAUGUGUAACUCUGUCCAGAUUGAUGUGCUCAGGUUGCUCUCGGUCCAAUGUGAAAAUAUUGUUCCGUUAUUGCUACAAUGAAGAUGUGUUUUACCCAUAGUCAAAUAUAGCUAAUAUACGAGAAAUCAAGAGGAAAACAAAACCCUCAGCUAACUAAGAGGAAUGGACACCCUAAGUAAGAGCCGGCACUGAUGGAUAUGGUUCGCCACUAGGUUUCUGUUACUCGCUGUAGGAUAGGUAACGAAAACAAAACAAAAAAUCAAAAGCAAGUGUUAAAGGUAGGAAGACAAUGAUAAAUAGUAGUAGCCAUUGAAAUGCGUGUGUACACUUUAACUAACGAUUGUCAAAGAGACGAUUGUUUAUGGAUCUGGAUAAUUCCACAUCAGAACAGGGCACAUAGAAAACUGACUGAAGGAAACCCGAGAAACAUAAAAAAAAACAUACAAGCGGCAGCACUCCUUCUCCUGUGCACUACAAAAACAUCCAGUGGAUUGUUUUGGUAAGCGUUCCAGAAAUCAUAUUAAUGAGAAUAGUUUAGAUGAGUAAGAACAAGAUAAUAGCUUGCGACUUGUUCGUUCAUAGACCCUUGCGGAUCCUUUGAAUGUAAAGGUGGUGCAAUAUGCUUAUGUUUUCUUUCGUACAUAACUUAUUCGUAACAUUAUAAACCAUCUGUUUUUAUAAUUCCGAUGUGAAAAUCUCCCCAUUUUCCCCGUUUACAUGUAUAGGGCCUUGUGGCAUGUUGGAAAAAAUGUUUAAUAUGGUGCACGUUACAUGUACUAGCAUCAUGAUGAGCGUAGCUCUAGUAAGGCAUGUUCAUCGGUAGCCUCUGUUUGAAACGUUCAACAACUUACAUGUUUCCGGGUUUGUGUUACAUUUCUGUUGAAAUGUUUCAAUGUAGUCCAAGAUAAAAUGUGUUAUAAUGUAUUGUACAUCGCGCAGAUUAGCGAAUGUUGGAUCGUUAGCUCCUUUUUGUGUUGGUGUUCAAGUACACUCGAGCACUGUUCUUUAAUUGCAUGUAAACACGUGGAUUUGUAUCUCCUUUAUAAGUUAACCGUGAUCACGAGCCUUUAAUAAUCAUUUUUAAUCAACGAGUGCUACAGUGUGAAUCAGCCGAAAGUGAAUCGACUGUGCGUGUCCACAGUCGGUAUGGCGAUGCCGUUACGUGGUGUUUGUGCAGUGUUUAGACAGUAAAUUUCCAUUCAAAUGUAUAAAGAAAAUAAUAAAAUUCAAGAUCAACAAAUUGUUUGAUAUUUAAAGUGCAUACAUUCUUGAAGAAUUAAAACACACCCAUUCAGAGGACAUCAAAUGUGCUUUCACAGAGGGACAAAGUAAUGCCACUAUCGAGUUAAUAAAAUCACAAGCAUCACGGGCUACGGCUGUAAAAAGAGAAAAUGAAAUAUAAAAAAAAGGAUCUUAACUUGCAAGUGGAACCCUAAAAAACAAGUUGUCACGAGUAUCUAAACCGUUUGAUCAAUAUUCACUAACAAUUGAUUUAAUCUAUCAAAUCACACUCAUACGGGAAAAGGGGGAAAGCUUCUUUAUCUGAUGCCUUGCUACAAAGAUGCAUCCUAUUGUGUCGUGAUAGUUAGGUUAUCGGAUGGGAAAAAAAACCUUCAAAAGAUGGUGAAAUACCAUCACACUGUAAUACUGGGGGUAGCUAUAAUAUUACACGCAGCUUUGUUCUUGCUUGCAUAGAACUACUGUUCGUAAGUGCACGUCACAAGACGCGGAUGCUGAUUGUAGAAGCAUGGACGUGCAGUUACUCACGUUGUUGGAGGCGAAAUAAGGAAAAGCAAAUGUUAACUUACGAAUAACGCAACUGUGUCAGUAAAGGGUGGAUUAUACGCAAACGAGCGAUAUAUCCUAGUAUUCUCAUCUGUUAAAUUAUUAUGCUGUAUAAAAUUCAAACAAAUUGUGAGGGUGAGUGAAUUUUGUAAACACACACACACAUUUGCUAAAAAUGGGAAAAUAUAAAAGAAUUAACUUAACCCAAAUUAUCGUUACAACACACCAUGGCCACCACAGUUUACAUUCAAAAAUACACACUCACAUGCAUAAAGGCUAGUUUGAAACUAAUCCUAUAAAUAAAUGUGUUAACUUAUAUAUCACAAAGAUUUACUUAUCUUUGUCGUGUAACUUGCAACGCCAUUUCGGAGUGGUGCAGCAGGAAAGUAGUAAUUAUUAUGUUGUUUCUUUCCUUUAACAGCAGCGAAAAGUCAGUAAUAGUUUGUGAAUCAGAUGACUAAAGUAAGAGAUAGGACGGAUUAGUCAAGGUGUGAAAAAUGUUAAAUAGGAUAUAACACUGCGCCGAAUAUUGAUGACUGUAGAAUACAGUUGCAACCACGAAGGACACAAACGUAAGCGCUGGUUGAAAGCGAACGAAGGAGUACAGCUAAAUUAUUCUACUGUACGUUUUCCAAUGAUAAUGUUUUUUUUCUUCUUCUUUAUCUUAUUCUAUUUUGCAAUAAAACCAGAAGAAUAGUAAAAGCUUUUGUUUGUUUUCUGUUGCUUUUAUGGUUAAUGUAAAAGUGAUUAUUUUCUUUCUAUUAGUUUUACAUCCGUGCGACUUUUACUACCAACAUGCCCCUUACUGUCCUGGACACAGUGCUGUACAAUCAGAAGAACAGUUACCAUAGAAAUGAGUGAUGACUACGGCGAAAAAGCUUCUUUUUACACGUGGAAGCCCAGAAAUCUCAGUACGCAAUAAACUUCUGUUUAUCUUUGUUUUCUGUAACUUCAUUAAUGUCCUAACAUUUUCGGAGUGUGUAACUGCUUAAUGAACGCAUUAACUGAAAUCAAUAAUCGACUAAAUCCAAAAUGUUCUCGCUGUCUAGCGGCAUACUACUCAACAGUGAUUUUUCUUAUUAUAUGGCGUUGGACGGCGUUGUGAAUAUAGGGUCUGGGUGAUAAGUAGGAAAUUGAAAUUGAAAUGGCACAAAGUUAUUUCCGAUGCUGUGAAGAUGAGAGAUGUUAUGGAGGAGAAAAUCGAAGCGCAAGAAACCGGUAAGAAACAUUAGGAACCAUAUAAUUGCUUGUAAUAAAUGCUUUACAUCAACCUGAAGUAUAUGAGAAAUAAAUAAAAAUUCUACUUAACAAGCAGCAA